UGCUAACAAAGCUCUUUUAUUAAAUUUUAUAAUGCUGAUGAUCGUUUCUUCUUUUCCUUUUAGUGUUCAAGUACAACAUGAUGAUGAUGAUUUUAACUUUGAUUCAUUUUCACUAUCAUUACUAACAAGUCAAAAUCAAUAUCCAACUUUUCUUGACCUGACGAAAAAACUGCAACGAUAUCUGAAUAAUAAUGUUACUUUGAAUGAAUACAACAUUUUAGUUUGUGAUAGACUCCAAUCUCAAUUCCUUUUAUACGAUGAUGCUACAUUAGAACUCGCCUUGAAUACUUUACGACUGCAAAGACUCGAUUUGUAUUUAUACCGCAAACAGCGACUUCAUCGCCAUUCAUCUUCCCAAAACACUGUACCACUUAUCAGACCAAAAGUAAUUCGAUGGGAUCAUACAGAACAACGAAAAGACUCAGGUAUCAGUUUGGAUUCACAUAUAUUUCCAUCAUCAACAUAUUCUUCAAAGAAUACAAAAAUCAGCGAUAAAGAAAUAAUCAACAAUAGGCCUUCCCUGGAUAUGAUUCUUUUGUCCGAUACAGAAGAUGAUGAUGUUCCCAGUAUCAGUGAUAGUGUUGAUUCGUCACCAUCAUCAUCACCAUCGACUGUUGCCUCUUCUUCUCCACCAUCGCCCCUGAUCCAAUUUUCAACUGCAUCAGCAACAACAAUGGAAUCAUUCAAGACAAGGAAACUUUCAACGUGGUCUUCUUCUACAACUCAUCCUUCUCCUUCAGCACCGCCACCACCCCCUUCUUCAUCUCCAGUAUAUCAUUGCACUCAUGUUAAUGCCAAUGGAAAAUCAUGUGGACAAACCUUUCAACGACCUUACGAUCUUUCUCGGCAUCAAACCAUUCAUUUGAAAAACAGACCAUUUGUAUACUGCCAACAGUGUGGAAAACGAUUUACAAGAGUGGAUGCAUUGCGACGACAUGAACGUGUUCAAGGUCAUCAUCAGUUACGAAAACAGAAACAUCUUUCGUCACAACCAAUAUUUUGGAAUAGAACAACAUCAACACCAACAGUUACUUCCUUAUGAUACCUUUUACUUUUCUCAUUUCCCUCCUAUAUGUAUUUCUCUUUCUCUAUAUACAUAUGCUCCUUAUCCCCAUACCUGAACUCGUAGAUUGUUGACCAUCUGCCUUUUCAUCACCCCUCCUAUUCUGUAUAUUUCUCUCACUUUUUUUUUUUUUUCUUCUUGUUUGUUUU